AUGCUCAUCCACAGAGGCAGCCCCACCACGCCGCUCUCGUGGAGCGGCGCCACCUCCUUCAGCGGCCGCUCCGAGGAUUCAGGCAGGCAGCCGACGCCCCCUAAACUCUCCGGCACAUCGAGAUCUAAGAUCCUCGUUGAUAGUGAGAAAACCAACUCCAAGAGGUCAAGAAAAAAGAAGACCCUGGCAGAGCUCAAAAACGAGGAGAAAUUGCUGUUGAAUGAAAGACGUGAUUUGAAAAGGGAAAUGGCAAUCUUACGUUUGUGUAUGGAGACACAAAGGGCCACAAAUGAAAAUUUGAAGAGAAUAAAGGUUGAAUUGCAACCCUGUUUGGACAAACAACUGGAAUCCACAUUUGCAUCAGAGGAAUCAACUUCCGGUCAACUCCAAAUGGAGGCAACUGCUCAUCAAGUGCCAGCUGUCGUGGCCAGUGACAUUGCACAAGAAUCAUUGACAUCAAGUGCUGCAUGCCUUGAGGCAAAAAUGGAUGCGAAAUUCGUUCUUCCCGACUUGAAUGUGCCGUUUGAUGAGCCUGGCUGUGAUGUUAUUUUGCAGUGGUGACUCUUUUUUCGUGUUCGUCUAAAGGAUUGAACAAAGUAAUCAUUAAUGGACAAAACUAUACUAAAUAAGGGCUAACCCUUUUUUUUUUGCCCUUUUAGGAUCAUCUACUGUUGCAACUAUAUUAUAGAACUCGGUUAACUCCCGAUAGAAUCGGAACAAACUGGUAGUAGUUAAUGUACUUGCCAGAAACUAGAAUCUGUUCUUUCUUUUCUUCUUGGUUUAGAACUUGGUGUUAUUUUAGAGGUUUUUAGUACAGUAGAUGCAGUAACAUAUGUUCCAUUUUUAGUUCUGUUUUUUUGGGAAAAAAAAAUAUGUUGAAGGUUUAGGGUUCAUGGCCAUGAUCUUGUGUUACAUUUGAGGGAGUAUUCGUUGGUAAACAUUAGAAAUUCCAGAAAUGGAAAUAUGUGUUGUUUUCAUAAGGUAAUACUUUUGAAGGGCUAUUCAGAUUUGUUGUUUCUUCACGUGCCUUUGUUAGAAUUGAAAGCUGUAACAUUUAGG